AUGCUGCUGUAUGAGCUGCCUAAUACGGGGCACUCUGCCAGAUUUUUCUGCCCCACAUGUCCAUAUGUAUGUCAGAUAGAGAAGAGGGUAAAGAUAAAGAGACAUAUGCGCUUGGUUAAGAAAGCAAUAGAUCCCAUUUUUUCUGAAAAUGAUCAGCAGAAUUUACCCACCACUGACACAACAUGUCCUGCAUGCAACUAUGGGAAAGCUGGUUUCUACCAAGUGCAGAUUCGGUCGGCAGAUGAACCAAUGACAACAUUUUACAUAUGCAAGAGGGAGACUUGCCGAAAUCAUUGGCGUGAGGAUUAG